GGUGUGGCCGCCGCGCGCCCCUCCUCCGCGGGCGACUCCCGGCUCCCGGUGGUCGCUGCAGGUCUCGGUUCCCGUCCCGCCGCGCAGCCACUGCCCGCCCGCCAGCUCCUCGGACCAUGGCCAACACCGAGCGCACCUUCAUCGCCAUCAAGCCGGACGGCGUGCAGCGCGGCCUGGUGGGCGACAUCGUCAAGCGCUUCGAGCAGAAGGGGUUCCGCCUUGUGGCCAUGAAGUUCCUUCGGGCCUCCGAGGACCUCCUGAAGCAGCACUAUAUUGACCUCAAAGACCGGCCAUUCUACCCGGGGCUGGUGAAGUACAUGAACUCAGGGCCUGUUGUGGCCAUGGUCUGGGAGGGGCUGAAUGUGGUGAAGACAGGGAGAAUGAUGCUUGGGGAGACCAAUCCAGCAGAUUCUAAGCCGGGCACCAUUCGUGGGGACUUUUGCAUUCAAGUUGGCAGGAACAUCAUUCACGGUAGUGAUUCAGUAAAAAGUGCUGAGAGAGAAAUCAGCCUAUGGUUUAAGCCCGAAGAAUUGGUUGACUACAAGUCUUGUGCUUUUGACUGGAUCUAUGAAUAAGAGGUGGACAAAAAGCACCAGUCCCCUUCAACACCGCCUGGAUGUGUCCCUGGACACGGCUGUUCAUUCCACUGAUUGGAAGCAGAAUCCGUCUUUUCUAAAGCGUAUUUACCAAUAAAGCCUUUGGAAAGUGGGUGCA